AUGGCUGUGGACUUUGGGGACCCCAAGAGCGGUUUCCGCCACUGCGAAGUGGUUUUGUUCAUCAAUGAAGAAGUGCUGAGGAAUGGUGGUGGCCCUGGCUUUUACCUAACCUUCCGUUCACGGCCCUGGAAGGAUAUAGAAGACGGCCUGAAGUCUGUCGUGGCCGAUACCCACGUACCACGCACCAUCAAGAGGGCCUGCGCCUGGAGUGCUCUGGCCUUGGGAGUAAGGGUGGCGUCGAGGCAACGAGAAAAGCAGUCACGCCGUGUGCAGCAGCUGCACAGUCAAGUAGAAGAGCAUGAGGCAGCCACCUGGACCUUGGCCACAGACCUGCAACGGCUGCGUGAUGAGCGUGAUGAAGUGGUCUCUGAGCUCCGAAAUGCAAGAGACAGCCUGAAGCAAGUGCUCCAUGAGCGUGAUAUGCUGCACAAGAAGCUGAUUGAGUUCGAGCUGUCCCAGCAGCUCCUAGCUGAGUCACAAGAUGCUGGGUAUCCGGGUACUAUGCCGUGGACUCUAAUGGUCAAAAGACAGAGAAAGGCUCUUGCCACAGGCUUGCAGAAUGGGCAACAUGCAGCGUCCCCGAAGAAAGACCACAUGGCAUUCAAGUCAUCCAAAACAGUUCUAGAAACUUUGCGUGAAGGAGAAGAAUUCCCAGCUUCCAGUGUGUGA